UUCAUCGCCAUUCCAUAUCCGUUGUGCAUGCGCCUUCCGGUGCGCUCAAGGCUAAACGAACUCCAGAAAGUGUCACAUUACAGAUAAAUCAGAAUGUCGAUGGCAUUGAGAAUAUGAAUGGACCGAGAAAUCCGUCGGGGGCGCACUCUGGGCAAGUUUGCGAUCGUUGCCGUCGACGGAAGAUCAGAUGUUAUGGCGAUGGCGAAAAGUGCACCCCGUGUGCCACGGGAGGCGCGGCUUGCAUUGUGUCAACGAAAUUAAAGCGCAAUAGAAAGAGAAAAAGCUACUAUCAAAACGAAGGUGUCGAUGACAGCGGUAAUGGUUCUGCUCCCUCCAAGACACCUGAGCCUGCCAUUAGUGCGGUUACGCAGGCCUCAAAACCUCACGAUCAAGGACUGUUGCAGCAACAACAUGUCGUCACGGGACAGUCGCCGUUGAACCUCUUUCCUGUCAACAGUACAGACAGACCAGCAACGACCACAUGGCUGCGUCAAACAGACGUUUCAUCGGCUUCCAGAGCGAGGCAGGGACCAGAGCCUGUGGUUGGGCACAUGGGCAGACUGGUGUCCAACGACGACCAGGUUGCCAUGUUUGCAGGUUCAUCGACGGGCGUCCACUUCAUCAGCCAGGCCGAGCAACAGCUGCAGAUGCUGCGGAUACAUACCGACACGUUCCCGAGCAGCGUAUACAAUCUCUACCUGCACAACAUUUGGGGCGUCCCUCCCAAAGACUCCGAGUCGCAGGUGGUUGCUGCGAUGAUCUCCCAGCUUCCUCUCAACGCGGCGGGUAUCCUCGAAGCAACCAUUGACCGCUGGACACCACUCUACCCGGUUGUGCACAAACACUCUACCCUCGAGGCUUUCCGUCGGUUAAGCGAAGACCCCGAGCACGGUGACCCCAGCACGUUGCACCAGGUUCUUGGUCUACUUGCGUUGGGAACCCUCGGGCUCCCGGGUUCUUGCGUCGAGAGCCACCAGCACUUCUUGUGCCUUUCCGAGACGUACUACGCAAUGGCUUCCGCCUUGACGAACAUUCUUCAUGAGAGGCCGUCUCUGCCAACGCUCCAAGGGCUCGAGAUUUCUCAGAUCUACCUGCAGUUAUCGUCACGUUACUCGGUCGCUUCUCAGCUUGGCGGGAUGGCUACCAGAAUGGCACAAAACCUCGGGCUUCACCGCCACUCUCAACGGUUCAAAUUCGAUCCUCUAGAGACUGAACUGCGGCGUCGCGUGUGGUGGUGCCAAUACUCGCUCGAUACGUUUUCCAGCGCCUAUCACGGCAUGCCCAGACUCAUCCGAGACCAGGACGUGGACACCGACCUCCCGUCACGGGUCGAUCACGACCAAGUGUCUCGCGAGAGCGUGGCUUUCCCCUUGCCCGGGGAACGGUCCCAAGUCGACACGGCAUUGUGCCUGUUCAAACUAGCCGUCAUCGUCGGAGAGGCCCUGGAAAAGCUGUACUCGACAACCCGGCGGCGUGGUGGCGUAACCAAGGUCAACCAACUGCAAGCCGAACUGACCAUGUGGGAGCGAAUGCUACCCAUGCACAAGGCAGCCGACCCCGAAGACGACGGUGCAGACCUGGCCCCUGUCGCAGCGAUAGAUACGUUCGAGGUGACGUUCCUCCGCGCUGCCUUCUACAACGCCACGGUCCAUGUGCACCGGCCAGCCCUCGCCUUCACGACGGCCGACCCGCAGUUCAACGUCUCCCUGCUCGCAUGCGGCCGCGCCUCGGCCGAGCUGAUCCGACUUUCCGCCACCAGCGUGUCCGAUUCGAAAAACGACGACGGGCCGAAUCGGGGGAUCGACGCCGUCAUCAUUGCCCACCUCUACCCGAACGGGCUACACAUGCUGUGGCAGGCCGGCCUGACGCUGUUGUUCGCGAGGUGGAAAGGCCAGCCGAUCGCAGGCGACGAGGAGGACGAAGACCUGGUCAGGAGCUGCGCCGAAACACUGCGGCACUUGAGAGCUGGCGACGCGAGCGGGUAUGUCGCCCAGUGUGCUGACGUCCUCGACAUGCUCCGGGAGAAAACCUUUUCUGCCAGAGAGGCCCAGCAGCCGCCGGCGCUCGAUCAAUUGCAGUGGAACGUCUGGGAUUGGCCCAUGGCGUCAGCGUUGGAGCUUGCAAACACCCUGGACGCCAUGCCGAUGGAUCUCCAGUUUGACACGGGAUUGGGUCUCUACGAUCCAGGGGUUGCUGCUCAGCAGAAGACGACGACGGUCAAUGACGAGAGACGAGCGUAACCUCAAGUGUGGAACUCAUCUCUGUUUUCGACCCACAUAAAUAUGAAUGCUGUGUCUUGUUGCCUGGCUGAUUUUCUAUGAUGAUGUGAGCUUUGAACAUUGCUGCAGUCUAUGUAUGGGCUCACAGUAAAGUUUGAUAGCGUUAGAACGGGUGUAGAGGUUUCUGAGAAGCAUGCCCAAGUAAGUAAGGGGCUUGUCGUCGAAAUAACAGCAAC